CCGGGCGGGGCGGGGCGGGCGGUGAUGCCCUUGUUUAUUUUUACCCGGGCGGUUCAUCCUCCUCGGCAGCCCCAGCGCGGCCCCCGCUGCCGCUCCCCGCCCCAGCUCCGACGGCGGCGCCGCCUAUAAAGCGCCGCCCGCGGGGAGCCGAGGAUGCAGCUCUACAGCUCCGUGAUCACCCACUACCCGGCGGCCGCCACCGCAGCAGCCGCCGCGGCCUCGCCGAGCUCCGCCGCCGUCUUCAAGGUCUCCUUAUCGCCGGGACCCUCCUCCGCGGAGGCACCGAGCGCCGCCGACGUCGCGGGCCCGAACGCGGCCGCCGAGAGCUCGGGCAAGGACAGCUUCGUUGCCGCGGGGGGCAGCAGCAGCGCCGCCGCCAUGCCCGCCUUCUCGUCCUGCCUGGAGGUGAUGCCGAGCGGCCCCGCGGCGGGCCCGGCCGGGCGGCCGGCGGGCGGCCCGCAGUUCAGCUCCUGCGCUCAGGUCACCGUCAGCCGCCGCCGGCCGCUGGAGCGCAUCGUGCCCAUCCGCAUCGUGCAGCGCUCCGAGGCCGCCGCGGAGCUGGUGCCGAGCUCGCCGCGCGGCCGCGCCUGGCUGGAGGGCAUCCUGGAGAGCGUGCGGCAGGCCGGGGGCGACGGCGAGGCCGCCGCCGAGGAGCCCAGCAACCGCAGCCUGCGGCUCAGCGAGCACUGCCAGGCGCUGCAGGCGGCGGCCGCCGGCGCCCAGCCCGGGCUGGUUCCCGGGUGCGGCCCCGCGGAGCGGAGCGGGGGCCCCGCGCAGCCCGGCGGCCCCGCGCACGGCCAGGAGGAGGAGGAGGAGGCGGCGGGGCCCGACGUGCGGCGGGGGCCCGGCGGCAGAGCGGAGCGCAGCGAGAAGCUGGCGCUGUACCUGGCCGAGGUGGAGAAGCAAGACAAGUACCUGCGGCAGAAGGGCCGGUUCCGCUUCCACAUCAUCCCCGACGGGAACUGCCUGUACCGCGCCGUCUGCAAGGCGGUGUACGGGGACCAGCGGCUGCACGGCGAGCUCCGCGAGCAGACCGUGCACUACAUCGCCGACCACCUGGACCACUUCAACCCCAUCAUCGAGGGCGACGUGGGAGAGUUCCUCAUCGGUGCCGCCCAGGACGGGGCCUGGGCCGGCUACCCGGAGCUGCUGGCCAUGGGGCAGAUGCUGAACGUGAACAUCCACCUGACCACGGGCGGCCGGCCCGAGAGCCCCACCGUUUCCACCAUGGUUCACUACCUGGGGCCCGAGGACCCGACGCGGCCCAGUAUCUGGCUGAGCUGGCUUAGCAAUGGGCACUACGAUGCUGUGCUGGACCGCGUGUGCCCCAACCCCGAGUACGAGGCGUGGUGCAGACAGACUCAGGUACAGCGCAGGCGGGACGAGGAGCUGGCCAAGUCCAUGGCAGUGUCCUUGUCCAAGAUGUACAUUGAGCAGAACGCCUGCUCCUGAGAGCGCCUGGGCCGCAGGCUGGGAGCUUUGCUGCAGGGACUGACAGGAGGUGUGCUGGCUGUGAUGGUGAUGCCUUAAUCCUUAAUGAAGCAGCAGCACCCCAGACUGAGAAGGACUGUAGGUUGUGGGGGGAUAAAUGCAGACGUAUUUGUAAUAUUCUGUUGUAAAAACUUAGCCUCGGGUUAUUUGCAAGCAGAUUUCUCCGUGUAUGUUUGUCUCCCCUCCCCGCUGUCUAUUUUCUAUAAGAAUGUAUUUUUUGCACACUAUUUUUAAACUGUUACCUCCAUCUUCUACAUCUUACAUUAGUAUCUGGCUUUCAGCUGUACAGCCAAAAACGUUUGUAAACAGUUUUUGUAAAUAAGGCUUAUGAUGUAACAGCUAUUUUUUGCUGUGUUUUUUACCCAUAAACCUUAUAUUUUUACCAAAUGAAGUUGAUGUCAAACUGUUCCCCCCCCCCCCCCCCCCCGAGUUGAUAAAAAUAUUGUGGGUAUUUUCUUGCAAAAUUAAAAUAAUGGCUUUUGUAAAAGUGCAGCAAAGUGAGAACAGACUGCUUUUUGGACCAGUUGCUUUCUCUGCCUGCAGCACAGAACAGGUCCUUUGAGCCAGUUGGAAUGCAGAUACACGUGAACAGUGCAGGGAGCAAUUGACUCUUCUGUUUUUAAUUACUGUUUUGAGUAAACUGGCCUCUUGUUGCCUGGUUGGCUCACCCCCUGCUCCAUUUAUAUUAUUUAUCUAUAAUAACAGAACAUUAACUUACAAUAGAAUGUUGUGACUAGAUAAUAGUCUCCUGCUUUGGCAGUAAUUGCCUUGGCUGCACCUCAGUGUUUGUGUUCUUGUUUCUGGGGUUAUGGUGUCUUUUGUAUAAGCCCUGCUUUUUUGGCACUGGUGUUUCACCAACAAAUCAUUAUCUGAUCACAACAUUUUAUUCACGUGACUUUAUUUUCUAAUCAAGAGAUCAGGAAUGGUAUUUGCGUUAUGGUUUAAAAGAAAAAAAAGUACUUAAAUUGAGGUUUGUAUGGUUUGCUGGGUCAAACAUUUAAAUGUUUCCAAUCUGGAUUCUGUCUCUUCUACUUUCUGAUUAACUUGUUAGAUAUAUUUAUUAAGUAAUGCAGUUUGUACUUUUUUAUUUUGUAAUAUAUUGUGAUUUUGGAAUUUAUACUGUAUUUGUAUAAUAGGAAUAUUCACAGCUAAAAUGGAAUGAAUAAAGAAUAUAAUUUUACUUGUGCUCUUCUUUUCUACCCUGUGCAUUCCUGGUGUGGGGAAGAAUUGCAGGUGGGUUCACAGGAUCUUUUAUUUAGUUUCUCUGCCUUAGUCUUACCUAUUAAGAGGUGGGAAGAAGGGACACAGUACUUCACAAAUGUGAACCACUGAUAAUUCUGGUGUCUGUCAAUUUGUGAAAGAAAGAAAUGGAAGCAUUUAAGGACAAUUGAAUAUCUGUAAUUAUUUUCUUACUGCAAGAGAUCAUAGUGUAUCUGUUUGCUAGUGAGAAACAAUUUUCUACAUUAAUGUGCUUUAGAAGUGGCGUUCUCAAGCAUGGUUUAUGAGCUGGUGACACCAGGUUGGUGGUGAGCCAGCUCUCUGCUGGACUGUAAACACUUGGGUUUGGACAUUGGUCUUUGGGAACCUCAGUUCUGCAGUUAGCCCCAAACUUGCUUGAGGUUUGUCCUGUCAGUAGUGGUACCUUGGCACCCUCUUGCUACUCAAAUAGAAGUGAUAUCAUAGGGAGAUACGGCUUUUUACUCCCCUCACCAGGUGGAAAUGCCUUGCAAGUAGUUAAAAAAUUUAUUUACAAAUGUGCACGUGUGUUUACAUGAUUUCAACAUGUGUUGAAAUCAGUCCCUGAUCUCAAAAUAGUAAAACGCCCCAUCCUUAAACAACAGAAGGGUACUGGGUUAAAGUUAGGAUUAAAGAGUAACUAAACAGAUGAAAUGCAUCAGUCUUAGUUGAGCGCAUGUGAUGAAGAGCUGCAGGACUGUAGUAUAUAUUUGUUACUGGUUUAUGUAGUACGGAGAGUAGAUUUAAAUAUUACAUUAUUUUCAAAAUAUUGGUAAAUACAAUACUUUUCCUGUUCUUACAAACAGUUGUGCUUCUUCUUUAAAGUGCACACAGCAGUUGUAAAACCCCAGUCUUUCUAGUCCUUAACGCACAAAUCUUUGGAAAGCUGAGUUUUGAGGUGAGAGCACAGCAAAGAUGCAGUCAUGGAUGUGUUCAUAAGGAACACAGGUAGUUCAUGGGAAAAAUGGCUACUCAUGUGACUCAAAGUGAAAGUAUUAAUACAGCAUCCCUAAAAAUCAGUGAUGUGUUGACUGAUUAAAAAUAUUGUAUCCAGGCUUCUCAGGUUUUGGGUUGGAUGUGAUUAAUUCAUUCAAAGUUGUGCUGAUUCCCAAACUUUUAUAAGAACCCCAUAUGCAUGAAGUCUUCCAAAGUUACUGUUUUCAGCUCUAUCAUGAAUUGUGAUCACGAACUUUGUGUUUUGCAACACAAAGCUUAGAAAUGCUCAGUAAGCUAAGCGAAAAGGAUUAGUACUGCAUUGUGUUCACUCAGUGCGAUAAAAAUGAUACUAAAAUACCACAAAUAAAUAAAGUAGUGUUAAAAACCAGCCAUGCAGGACCCUGGGAUGGGUUCCCACAGUUCCUCAGCAGUUUAUCUACUGCAUGAGUCACGGGGCAUGCAGAUAACUUUAAGGAAUUUGAAAAAACUAGGUUACUUGUUGAACUAGUUUGCAAAGACAUUGAGGGUGUCUUGCUAAAGCGUGUAACAAGGCGCUUGUUUUUGCAGCUUGCAUUACAUACUAUGUCUAAAAGGGAGUUGCAGAAAUGGAAUUUCAGAUGUUUUGGACACAUAGAAAGUUUUGGGUUUUUUAAAAAAUACUCUGGUUCAACUGAGACACUAGGUUCAGAUGCAAGCUAGUGGUGUUUUGCUUGAACACGGGUAGAGGCAAUUUCAUGGACAAAUUUUAUGUAAGCAGUGAUCCUAAUUUGGACAGAGAUUUACAAAACUGCUUGUAACGCUACUCUUGCCCCCAGCAAAAGCAGAGGUAGAUGCAAGUUUUCCUUCACUAUCCUCUGUUCAAUAAUUCCAGUAACAAGGGAAGGACAGAUAUUGUCCUGGAUCAUAAUUUUAGUGCCUGAUUAUUGUAACCUUGGCUAAUCACUUGCAUGACCCAGCUAAUCCUUGGACCUGUCUGGGGAUUUUGGUCAACAGACUUUUUAUUAUUGACAAUAAGUCAGAAAAAGAGCUUGAUCUUCAAUAUGCCACUUGUAUGGUUCUAUAAAUCAGGUAGAAAAUGCUUUAAUUCUAAACUGAGCUAAUGUGAACUUCAGUCUGUGGGAGCAUAAACUUUGUGAUGCCAUCUUUGCUUGUAUUUUAUAACACAAUUGCUAAUUAGUUGACAUGUUGAAUGCUGCAUUCCAGGAGUUCCUCAGGUUGCCAAGACUAUGACAUUCUGUCACUAAAUGUGCAAGGGAUGUGUUAAAAUUGUCAUGUGUGUUGAACAGACUGUUACACAAAGCAAGGUUUGCAAGAACUGAAUUGACUUGCAAUGAAGGAAUCCCAAAAUAAGGGUGGUGGGCAAGUAGGAAGGGGAAGAUUUAUGUAAGUAUCACUGUUUUCCAUCUCAGUCAAAGACUUGCUCUUCAGAAAGUUUAGUGGAUGAUGCUUUGUGCUUAGGAACUUUCUUAGGACACAUAUACGUUGUCUAGUGCCAGCUACUCCAGUUUGUCCUGUUGUAUUUGGCUGAUACAUUAUGUGUGUGCAAGAUAAAUCUUUUACAUGAAUGCCACUUGUAAAUAAGGUGUUUCACUACUUCUUAUGCAUGUACAAAAUCACCUGAAUACAAAUAUUUCUACUGUCUGCUUUUGCUUUUAUGAUGUCGGAAUUACUUGGUAGGAUUUUUGAGGGUAAAAUUUCAAUUUUGUUUUAGUGAUUUGUCAGUGUGUUAAUGCAUAGCUUCUGAAUCCAAGCAGAAGAUGAUGGCAUAUCUCACAACAGAGACAAGUACCUGGGCAUAACUGUUUUUUGCUUAUAAUUUGCUUAUACUGUUCUAUAUUUAUUCAACAGUUUAUUGAGAUACAGUGGUAAGUGUUCCUAGAAUGUUGGUGAAAAAUGGUGUGAAAUGAAAAAAAUUCCUGAGCCUCAGUGUUAAAAAGAUUGUCCCAUUUCAGAAUUGCAUGGUUGUGUGAAAAUACGCAGCAUACAGUGAGAUAGUGAGUUACUGUUAAGACAUCAGGUCUGCCAAAUGCGAUUGUGUAGUCAUCAGAACUUUUUAAAGAAGCAGAAAAAUUUAAACUUUGAAUUUUUACUAACAAACAGGCUGAUUUGUAACGUGUACAUAUGUGUUUCAGUUGAAGAAAAAAGCGGCUUUCAUAUUUCCUGUUCAGUUUUAAUUUAUAAUCUGUCUUUUUUAAUAGCAAGUUUUACACUAUUAAUGGGUAAAAAGGUACAACAAUGCAGUAAUAUAUACUUCAGCCAUUUUUUCCUCGAAUUAGUAUUUAAAAAUCUGUUUAUGCAAGGAAACUUGUACACGAUAUUCAGACUGCAAAUCAAUGGAAAUAAACCACUGUCACAUUCCAGGUUUCUGUGGCAUGAGUGGUUAUUACUCCAUCUUCUCAUAAAUUUGUCCUAAUUACAUAUUAUUUUCACAGGUACAAAGAUCCAGCAUUUUUCCUGCAUAAAACUUCUAUUUUUGCUGAUUGAAAGCUUCAUUUUCCUGCUGUUACUAACUAACUAACUGACUAAUUAACUAACUAAUAUAUCUGGGCAAGAAAAUAAUGAUUUCAGAUCUCUGGGUGUGAUUUGGAAUUUGGUAAAGUCUGUCAAUUUAACCCAAUGUCACUAAAUGCAAUAUUUCUUCCCAUUGCUGAUGCUGUACUCAAGUUUAGAUGUGUGCUUUUAGAAAUAACAUGAUCAUUGGAACUCCAGCUGAGCUUCUUUUGAUAUUUUUUAGGGAGAGCCUGUGGUCAAAAUGUACUCCCUUUGUAAAUAAACAUACCAGAAUGUUUUAUAUCUAAA